UCUCAGCAGCACUCCCAUACCCUUCUCAUCAUUCUCACAACUGCUGUUUCACAUAUCCCCCCCGAAAGAUGUCGACACCAACAAAGAUCGCGGAGCCAAUUGCUCUUCCUGACCUCCCCGUCGAGCAUGCAGAGUGGAUCUCGCACGUCUCGAGCCACUCCAGCACACCUCUGAGAGAAUUGCUCGCUCCAUACAAAGAGUACGAUGCCCGGCUUCGAGAGGUCUUUGCACAACAACCAUCUCAUCCUGCAAUUGGAAAGCCCAAUGUCGUUCCACUCUUCACUGGCAACGAGCAGGAUGUUAAGAUCCGCGCUCGGAAUAUUGAUAGCGAGAUGGAUGAGGAGCGAGAGCGCUAUCUCAUGCCUCUCGACGAUGCCAAUCGCAAGCCCGAUGGCGCACCGGCAAUUGUGCAAUCACUCAAGGAGUUCCAGACGAACUUUCAGCUGUUCUCCGAGUCUGCGCUGGUAGACAUGGACUGGUCCAACGUGGUUGUUGCCGGCAGUGCUGUUGUUACGUCGCUCCUUCCAGUUCCGGCUGAGCAUAACACAUCGAAACGUGCUCUGCGAGAGUACUACCAUCAGAAGCUUGCUCCUGCCUCUGAUGUUGAUCUCUUCCUUUAUGACUUGACUGAGGAGCAGGCCAUAGAGAAGAUCAAGCAGAUUGAGCAGCGCAUUCGAGACUCAAUCCUGACGGAGACAACAACGAUUCGCACAAAGAACGCAAUCACAAUUGCCUCACAGUACCCAACACGACACGUUCAAAUUGUGCUCCGUAUCUACCGAUCAGUCUCCGAAAUUCUUACUGGAUUCGACGUCGACUGCUCUUGCGCGGCCUACGAUGGUAAUCAGGUUUACGCGAGCCCACGCGCAAUCGCUGCAUAUUGGUGCAUUGAAUGCACCUCGUCUCUCACCUGGUCUCGUCUCUCACCUGGUCUCGUCUCUCACCUGGUCUCGUCUCUCACCUUCUAG